AUUUACUAGAAGUUUGCUCGUCCCAGCAAUGCCUCAUGAACCUGUGCAACUGGUGCCGAAGGAAGCAUACGGAAAUCCGGCAGCAGACUGGCUUGCGGACGCGGCUUCUGGGCACCACGCCUGGCCACUGGCUCACCUUGUUCCUAGCAGGAUGCUGUAUCCAGCUCUCGUGCAUGCUGGCAUGGAUGCUGUCAGGUGGAAAUGAAGACUACGACACGGGCCUUCGAGACAGCUUUUGGAUCUCCUAUGUGCUGUUGGUGGACAUUGGCACCCAGACAGGCUUUUCGCCCAACGAAAGCGGCGUCGUGCGAUGUGUGGCCGUGGUGAUUUCCAUCGUUGGCUUCGUGUAUUGCCUGACCUUUUUGGGCAUGGUUGUGGACCUGAUGCGAUCCUUUUUGGUGCACUGGAAGGUGAAGUAUAGCAAGGUGGAUGCAUACGACCAUUUGCUGAUCCUGGGCUGGGGCGACAAGACCCUCUUUCUGCUGGAAGAGUUGCUGGACACCACAUACUUAGAGGAGCCUAAGCGGCGAUGUUGUAGAUGCUGCGCAAGAUGUUGCGCAUGCUGCGCAAGAUUUUGCGGAUGCUGCGGCCGCCGUCACCGCCGCAAGAUUGUAAUCCUUGCAGAGCGGCCGGUGCGCGAAAUGCAGCGGGAGGUUCGGAUGCAUUUACGCACGAAGGAUCCGCAAGGUGCAGCAAAGAAGCUGGGCUGCAUCUCCUACCGCGAGGGCUGCAGAUCUCAUAGGAUCGAGCUGUUAAAGGUGAAUGCCUGCCUGGCGCAGCACAUCCUGAUCAUGUGUGCCGCUGAGACCGACAGCAGCUCUGACCACGAGGCCAUCCGGACAUUGCUGGCACUUGGAGCACUCCCCACUGCUGUCAGUUCUGAUGUGUGGACCGAGAUGCACAACCGAGAAAGUGCGCGUGUCGUGAAUAACAUCCUGCCGGCAGCACAGGGCAUUGUCGCAAGACAUGCGGUCAAUCACAUGAUCGCCUUGCGCGCUUUGGUGCCGUCUGUUGGCUUUGCAUGGCUGCGGAUGUCCACGACCAGAAGUCAUCCCUCGACCUCACUGUUCUUGGUCCCGGUGCCAGACAUGCUGGUGGGCGUGCAAUUCAAGGAAGCCUUCAGACACUUCCCCAAGGCCGUGGUGUGUGGCCUGAAGCAGGCGUUGCAGGGCUCGCAGAAGCUGAGACUCGAAGCCUACGCGUUGCAGGCGGAGGAUGAGUUGAUCAUGUUGGCCAAUAGCAUUGGCAGCGCAGGCCAUGUCACCACCGAGCUUCUCGAGUCAGAGGAGGCUGAAGAGAUGCCCAAGGCGAGGCGGCCGAAUGUCCUCAUGCCUGAUGGUCAGAUAAGGCUUGGACCGGCAGCUGACGGACCGCUUGUGGUGUUGGUCAUUGGCUGUCCGGAUGACUUCUUCGACAUUCUGGACAUCAUAGACUCCUACGUUGCAGCAGGUAGCCAAGUGCACUUGCUCUCCACACGGCCGCUGCAUUGGCGUCAGUCCUGCCUGCACCUCCACUUUUCGCGGACCGGCAAGCUUCAGUUCGACAGGAUCAGCAUCAUCCAUCACGUUGGCCGUCGCCGGAAUGCUGCAAGUCUGGACCGCCUGCCUUUGGACUCUGCAGACUGUGCCCUGAUCCUCUCUGAGCGAGAGGACGACUUGGAGAGCGGCCUCGACUCCGACUCCAGGAAUCUCACCAUUGCAAUCAACCUCAAGCAUGUCUUGGAUACCAAAGCCGAUGUGAUCGGCAGCAAGCGCCGCAACAGCUACCGCAAGAAGUGCAAGAUAGUCACGGAGAUUCAGGAUUCCAAGACAGAAACGAUGCUGGCUGGAAACAGCAGCGUUCGGCAAGUUGGAUCCUUUUUGUUCUCCUCAGCAACAGAGACUGGUGUCUUUGCCAUUGCUGUCUCCAAUAAAGCGCUCUACGACCUCUAUACCAAGCUGAUUGACCCGCGCAGCAAUACUGCCUAUAUUAUUGCUGAGUCGCUAUCACGAUACCUGAUCAGAGAAGAAGAGUCAUUAUCUUUUCUGGACCUGUACCGUCGUGUCUUCAGCCAGUGCAGCGGCACGCUGCUGGGGUGGCGGCGCAGCCAUGAGAGGCACCCAGUGCUGAAUCCAGAGAACAAGGACGAGCUCGUGGAAUGGCAAAGCCAUGGCACUGAUGAGCUGAUCAUCCUCCUUCCGGCCAUUCAGCAGGGCCGUGUGGAGUUUGAAGCGGCGGAAGAGCCGCCCAAGGAGAUAACGCACGCGGAGGAUGCGGAGCGGUCGCCGGUUACCGGCGAAACUGAUCCCGCGCCUUCCACGGGUUCUGCCCCGCAGUCGGCAGCUACCACCAGGAAAAGCUCCAAAGACAGCGAAGCCGAGGAUGUCAAGAAGGAAUGUCAAAUUCCUAUUCCCGGCACACUGGAUUGGCAGAUGGCCGAAGACGAAGAAGUUGCCGCAAAAAGUUAUCAUUAAAGACCGCUUUAUGCAUGGCGUUUGCUCCCCACAGCCGGUUUGGGCAUGCUAGCUUUGCAAGAUCCUGCAGGCCUUUCUGCGGGGACAGGGCUGUCCAAUCUGCAACCAUGGCUUGAUU